AUGAACGCAGUGACACCUCGAUGCCCACUCAAAGAGAAGAAGGAAAAGAAGAAGAAACGUCAUGUGAAGAAGUCAAAGAAGCAUAAAAAAUAUAAGUACAAGAAAGAAUCACCUAAGUUGAGAGGCCAAAACUUGGAUGAAAAAUUUCUGGAAAAUCCCUGUCUGGAGAAACCAUUGAAGAAUGAAGAAAGUGAGGGAUUAAUUGGACCAGAAGCUCCCAAAGUAUACUCUAUUCCAGAUGACAAGCCUUUGAACUACGGUCAUGCCCUGUUGCCUGGUGAAGGCGCAGCCAUGGCUGAAUAUGUGAAGGCUGGAAAGCGGAUCCCUCGGAGAGGAGAAAUUGGCCUGACCAGUGAAGAGAUUGCAGCAUUUGAAUGCUCAGGCUAUGUCAUGAGUGGGAGCAGGCACCAUCGAAUGGAGGCCGUGCGUCUCCGUAAAGAGAACCAGAUCUACAGUGCUGAUGAGAAACGAGCCUUGGCUUCAUUCAACCAAGAAGAGAGACGGAAGAGAGAAAGCAAGAUUCUAGCCAACUUCCGAGAAAUCAUCUAUAAGAAUUCAAAGGGGAACGAGGACAAAUGAGGAAUUUUCUUAGUUAUG